AUGCAAGUCGAAGUCAACCCCAACGAAGACACAGAAUGGAACGAUAUCCUCCGCAAACACGGAAUCAUACCUGAAAAGCCGCAGGAUCCUGAACCGCUCAUCCAAGAAGCCCUAAUCGAGGCCGAGCGCAAGGCAUACGAGAAUAGACUGGAGGAUAAGGACCUCGACGAGCUCGAUGAACUAGAAGACGAGGAGGACGAGGCAUUUCUCAACCAAUACCGCCAAAAACGCCUCGCCGAACUAAGCACAAUAACCCAAGCCUCCGUGCACAACCAAGUCUACCCCCUGCAAAAACCCGACUACGCGCGCGAAGUCACCGACGCAUCGGCCAACUGCUUUGUCUGCGUGAACCUCACCUCGUCAGCAAGCAACAACGUCGAAUCCCGACUGCUCAGCGAGAUCUGGCGGAGGCUUGCGGUCAAGUACGGCGACAUCAAGUUCUGCGAGAUCCGCGGGAAUAUGUGUAUUGAGGGAUACCCGGAUCGCAACACGCCAACUAUUCUUGUGUAUCACAAGGGGGAGAUCGUGAAGCAGGUUGUUACCCUUAUGGCAUUGGGGGGGACGGGGACGAAAGUUGAAGAUCUGGAAAAUAUGCUCGUGGGUAUUGGCGCGCUCAAGGAGAGCGAUGUACGGUUGAAAAAGAAAGGCGACGACUCGGAGGAUGAGCGGCCAUCAAAGCUGAAGCCGAGUAUCCGAAAGACGACAGUGGAAGAUGACGAUGAUGAUUGGGACUAG